AGAAGGUUGAGUGAUUGGAGCCCCAGCGCAGCGCCUUCCUGAGUCUCUUCUGGCCCCCCUCCCAUCCAGCCCAGCACCACCAUGACACCAGGCACCCAGGCCCCUUGCUUCCUCUCGCUGCUGCUCUUCCUACAGCUUACAGCAGCCACCAGCCCUAUCCCUUCAAUGGCUUCUACAGUCUCUGACAACACAGGUCACAGCAGAAAUACUCAGCCUUUGACUACCCAAAGCACCUCAGUGCCCCACUCCAUUGACAGAAAUGAUAUGAAGAUAACCAGUAACUCACACUCUGCUGCUGAUGGCCUUUCUCCAGGCUCAACCACCUUAGCCCCGACCACAACCGGCCCUUCCUCAGGCUCAACCACCUCAGUCCCGGCCAUCAGCCCUGCCUCGGGCUCAGCCACCAGUCCAGACAACAGUGAUAGCUCAGUACUGACCACCAGCCCUGCCUCAGGCUCAACCACCUCAGUCCUGGCCACCAGCCCUGCCUCAGGCUCAGCCACCUCAGCCCUGGCCACCAGCCCUGCCUCGGAUUCAAUCACCUCCACCCGGAUCACCGGCCCUGCAUCAGGCUCAACCACCAGUCCAGGCCACAGUAACAGCUUAGCCCCAACAACCAGCCCUGCCUCAGGCUCAACCACCUCAGCCCCAGACACCAGCCCUGCCUUGGGCUCAACCACCAGUCCAGGCCACAGGAACAGCUUAGUCCCAACCACCAGCCCUGCCUCGGGCUCAACCACCUCAGCCCCGGCCACGAGCCCUGCCUUGGGCUCAACCACCAGUCCAGGCCACAGGAACACCUCAGCCCUGACCAUGAGCCCUGCCUCGGGCUCAACCAAUUUAGCCCCAGCCACCAGCCCUGCCUUAGGCUCAACCACCUCAGCCCCGGCCACUGGCCCUGCCUCAGGCUCAACUACCAGUUCAGGCCACAGUAACAGCUUAGCCCAGACAACCAGCCCUGCCUCAGGCUCAACCACCUCAGCCUCAGACACCAGCCCUGCCUUGGGCUCAACCACCAGUCCAGGCCACAGGAACAUCUCAGCCCUGACCACCAGCCCUGCCUCAGGCUCAACCACCAGUCCAGGCCACAGUGGCAGCCUAGCCCCAGCCACCAGCUCUGCCUCAGGCUCAACUACUUUAGCCUCAGCCACCAGCCCUGCCUCAGGCUCAACCACUCCAGGCCACAGUGGCAGCUCUGCCAAGACUACCACAACCCCAGCCAGCAAGGGCACUCCAUCCUCAGUUCCCAGCCACUACUCUGAUACUCCUACCACCCCUGCUACCCAUAGCAGCAGGCCUGUGGCCAGUAGCACUAGUCAUACACUACCUUACUCCUCCCCCAGUCAUACUCCUUUCCCUAUGAAGUUCUCCUUUUUCUUCCUGUCUUUUUCCAUUGUGAACCUCCAGUUUAACUCUUCCUUGGAGGAUCCCAACAGCAGUUACUACCAGAAGCUGCAGAGAAACAUCUCUGAGCUGUUUUUGCAGAUUUAUAAACAGAACUUUGUGGGCCUGUCUGAUAUCAAGUUCAGUUCAGGAUCUGUGGUGGUACAAUCAGUUCUGAUCUUACAAGAGGGUGCCACUGAUGCCUAUGAGGUGAAGAAACAGCUUCUUGACCAUGAAGCAAAAGCAGCCAGCUACAACCUGACCAUCUCAAAAGUUAGCGUGCACAGUGUGCCACUUCCUUCCUCUGCCCAGUCUGGGUCUGGGGUCCCUGGCUGGGGCAUUGCCCUGCUGGUGCUGAUCUGUAUUCUGGUGACUCUGGCUGUCAUCUAUCUCAUGGCCCUGGCUGUGUAUCAGUGUCGCCGGAAGAACUGUGGGCAGUUGGACCUCUUUCCAACCAGCGACACUUACCAUCCCAUGAGCGAGUACCCCACCUAUCACACCCACGCACGCUAUGUGCCCCCUGGCAGUACCAGACGGAGCCCCUCUGAGGAGUUUUACACAGAUACACUAACACUUCCUUGGGCAGGAGGAGCAGAGACUAGAGGGAGACAGGUCUGUGCAGGCAAUGGCGGCAGCCUGUCUUACACAAACCCAGCAGCCACAUCUGCCAACUUGUAGAGGCACGUUUUUGUGUGGAGAGUCUCUCUAACCAGUGCCCGUGCCUCCCUUCAGCACCAGAGUCCCCUCCCCAACUCCCUUCUGGGCCGGUGAGCUGGGAGUUCAGACUGGCUGCUCAAAGCUUCCCUCACAGGGCCUACCAAGAGUCUUCCAACCCCUCAGCCUGAGGAAGCCCAGCCAGGUCCCUGGGAAACAGGCCUGGGGCAGUGGUGCAGAGCAUCCCAGGAGGACCAGGCCAGAAAGCCUGCACUGGGAGUGGAAACCUGACCAUGGCUGAAUAAAAUGAGCGCCGCCUGUGUGCUAACCACCAACUUCU